UGUUUGUCAGUGCUAAUCAUUGUUUGAUGCGCCUGAAGUCAUGAAUACUUGCAGUGUGCUGCGAAUUCCCUCGCAGGCGGACUGGUAUGUCCGCAUCUGCGAAGGGAAGGCGAGGUGAAAGUUCACAAUGGCUUGGACAUAUCAGGUGACAAUGUGGAGAAGUUGGUCCAGCGCUGCACUUUAAUUUUCAGAACUUUUGGAAUGACUAGCGAGGGAGUUUCAAAAUAUUGCGAGGAAGAUGAGGACUUGGCGUUGGCGUACUAUGACGAUGACGACGACUUUGAUACGUUCACGGACGGAGAUGUUGACUGUAGCUGCGAGGACGGAGUCCUGGGCUUCAGCGACCCCUUCAACAGCGAGGUGAAGCCGCGCAUCCUGCUGAUGGGGCUCCGGCGGAGCGGCAAGUCCUCCAUCCAGAAGGUGGUGUUCCACAAGAUGUCCCCCAACGAGACGCUCUUCCUGGAGAGCACCAACAAGAUCUGCCGCGAGGACGUCUCCAACAGCUCUUUUGUCAGCUUCCAGAUCUGGGACUUCCCGGGCCAGAUCGACUUCUUCGACCCCACGUUCGACUACGAGAUGAUCUUUCGCGGCACGGGGGCGCUCAUCUUUGUCAUUGACUCACAGGAUGAUUACAUUGAAGCGUUGAGCAGGCUUCACCUAACCGUCACCAGAGCCUACAAGGUCAACCCUGACAUCAACUUUGAAGUCUUUAUCCACAAAGUGGACGGGCUUUCGGAUGACCACAAGAUUGAGAAGCAGAGGGACAUCCACAAGCGGGCUAAUGACGACCUGGCGGAUGCGGGCCUGGAGCGAAUACACCUCAGCUUUUAUCUGACCAGCAUCUAUGACCACUCGAUCUUCGAGGCCUUCAGUAAAGUGGUGCAAAAGCUCAUUCCCCAGCUUCCCACCCUUGAGAACCUCCUGAAUAUCUUCAUUUCGAACUCAGGCAUCGAGAAGGCUUUCCUGUUUGACGUGGUCAGUAAGAUCUACAUUGCGACGGACAGCAGUCCGGUGGACAUGCAGACGUACGAGCUGUGCUGUGACAUGAUUGACGUGGUCAUCGACAUCUCCUGCAUCUACGGACUGACGGGGGAUGAGGCUGUUUCUCCCUACGACAACGAGUCCAUGGCCAUCAUCCACCUGAACAACACCACCGUCAUGUACCUGAAGGAGGUCACCAAGUUCCUGGCCAUGGUGUGCUUCCUGAGGGAGGAGAGCUUUGAAAGGAAAGGGCUCAUCGACUACAACUUCCACUGCUUCAAGAAGGCCAUCGAGGACGUGUUCGACGUCCGCCUCAAGGUCCAGAAGAGCCGCAAGCUGCUGAGCCAGCGCAGGUGGAGCAAACAGAACACUCCCAACGGAGCACACGUCCAGCCACACUGACCACAUCACCGGGGGAACGUCUGGCUGUCACCCUGUUCUGGAACAAUCGCCAUGGAGCCUUUUUAGCUCUGUUUUUUUUUUAUUUUUUUUUUAGAUGUGUUAGAUGACACCUGAAGAUUAACAAAUGGCAUUUUCUUUUCUUUUUUUUUUUGUAAAUCAUAUUCAAUAGAAAAAAAAGAAAAUUGUACCUGGAAAGUACAAUGUUUUUAUAUAAUAAUAUGAUUUUUGUUUUUGUUUUUGUUUUUUUUGUCAGUAGGAGCCAAAGAGGUCAUGUCCAAGCAGUUGACUUUUUUCAUUAUCCACAUAGGCUUCUGAUUUGGAUUUUACUAAUGUAAUAUAGGACAUUGUGCCAAAAGAGACUUAUUUGAUUUCAUCUAGUCGUGCUACACUGUGUGAAUUAGUGAAACACUGAUUGCAUUUGUGUAAAUAACUUGCAUUCAGAAUUCAGAUAGAGCACCUCCCUGAGCUGUGACUUAACUGCUGCUUUACCUCGUCAUAGUGCAUCAUUGUUAUCAAUUAACAGAUAUUUAAAACCUAGACUCUUGUCAUUAUAAACCUA